AUGGGGGGUUUGCCAGCAGCAAAUCAGCGCAACAUUCCUGAAAGGCGGCGGCAGCGGCUGCAGCAGCUGCAGCAGCUGCAGCAGCAGCAGCAGCAGCAGCAGCAGCAGCAGCGGUCACACAGCGCCUCGCCGCCGUGGUCUAGAGAAGCUGCCAGGGCCCACUUGCGGAGGCCCUCUCACCCUGUGGCUUUUCCUGCUGCCAGCAGCAUUUUCCAGCAGCAGCAGCAGCAGCUGCUGCAGCAGCAGCAGCAGCAGCAGCGGCGGCAGCUGCAGAGGAGGGCAGACGCUCGGGGCGGUGCCGCCCGCGAGCAGCAGCAGCAGCAGCAGCAGCAGCAGCAGUUGCUGCCAGGAGGAGCUGCAGAGCAGCACAAACAGCAGCAGCAGCAGCAGCAGCAGCAGCGGCUGCAGCAGGAACGGCUCGACUCUGCUGCUUUCGCCUUCGGCAGCAGCAGCAGCAGCAGCAGCAGCGGCCCCAUCACUGUAGACGGCCGCAGCAAAAGCGAAUUCGAAGAGCUGCACGUCAUUGGCCGAGGAGGGUUUGGCAGCGUCGUCAAAGUCCGCAAGCGGCAGGGCGGCGGCGUUUUUGCGCUGAAGAAAAUAACUCUUUCGCUUGCGGGUUUUGGCGAGGGUUUAGACGAGGGUUUAGACGAGGGUUUAGACGAGGGUUUAGACGAGGGUUUAGACGAGGGUUUGAGCGAGGGUUUAGCAGCAAAGGGUUUGCGCAGGGCCCCAAAGCCAAACCCUAGAAAGCCGAGACUCUCUUUUUCAGUUGCUGCAGAAGCUGCCACGCUUGCUGCGCUGUCGCAUCCUCACAUCGUGCGUUACUACGACGCGUGGUUGGAGACGGCCAAAGGAGACAGUCCCAGCGUUGCGCCACAGCAGCCUGGUGUGCCCGCGUACCUGUACAUUUUGAUGGAGUAUUGCCCCGGGCGAACCCUUCGAGAAGCAAUUGACUCAGGCAUGCUGCUGCACAAGCCGCAGCAGCUGCUGCAGCAGCAGCAGCAGCAGCAGCGCCUGCAGCAGCUGCAAGAUCCCCAGCAGCAGCAGCAGCAGCAGCAGCAGCAGCAUGCCUAUCACCAGCAGCACCCGCAGCACCCCCAGCACCCGCAGCACCCCCAGCACCCCCAGCAGCAGCAACAGCAGCAGCAGCAGCAGCAGCAGCAGCAGCAGCAGCAGCAGCAGCAGCAGCAAGGGUUUGAGGAGGCCUUCGAGGCCCCCAUAGAAAACUUGGUGGAGUGGAAGUGGGUGAUAACGAAGCAGCUGGUGCAGGCUGUGGUGUACAUACACCAGAACGGGGUUAUUCACAGAGACUUAAAACCCUCAAACAUCUUUUUGAAACCCUCCGAAGAAGGCACCCUCACUGUUGGGGACUUCGGCCUGACUUGCCCAGUCAGAGCUGGGCCAGCAGCAGCGCAGCAGGGGGGCCCCCGGGGGGCCCCCGGGGGGGCCCCCCGGGGGCCCCUCGGGGGGCCCCCCGGGGGGCCCCCCGGGGGUUUGGGGGCCCCCAGCCAGGGGCCCCUAAUGAAUUGUUCUCUUAGUAAAGGAGUUGGGACUGUUCACUACAUGGCUCCGGAGCAGGCCAACAGCACCCAGUACGGGCAAAGCGCAGACAUAUUUUCGCUGGGCGUUUGCCUCUUCGAGGUUUGGGCUGUUCCCUUUCCAACAGCAAUGGAGCGCUCGCUGGUGCUGGGGGCUUUGUCGCAGCAAAGCAACUCGUGGCUGCAGCAGCAGCGGCUGCUGCUGCAGCAGCAGCAGCAGCAGCAGCAGCAGCAGGUCGACGGCAGCGACAGGCAGCAGCUCCUCCCGCAGCAGCAGCAGCAGCAGCCAAACCAGCAGCUCCACGAGCUCGACGCGCAGCAGGAGCCCCAGCAGCCGCUCGAGCGCGAGCUGCAGCAGCAGCAGCAGCAGCAGCAGCAGCAGCAGCAGGAGCUUCGGGACUUGGAGCUGCUGAAGCGGCAGCAGCGGCAGCAGCAAAAGCAGAAGAAGGCCCGGGACAAGCAGCAGCGCGUCGCGGCUGCUGCUGCUGCCCGCGCGCGCGGAACAGCAGCAGCAGCAGCAGCAGCAGCAGCAGGAACCGGCGCGGCGGGGCCCGCGGCAGCAGCAGCAGCAGCAGCCGAAGCCUCGCCCAACGGGG